AUGAGGCGGGCGGGAGGACAGGCGGGUAGGCAGGAAGCCAGGCAGCUGCUGUCAGCCUCUGGCUCCUUGAGACUCAGCAUCCUGCCUGGACCCUGGGAAAGGCCCAAGUGGGGGCUCAGCAAACGUUCCAAGUCAGCCCCCCAGGAAAAGAGAACGUUCCACGUCAGCCCCCCAGGAAAGGAGAACGUUCCACGUCAGCCCCGCAGGAAAAGAGAACGUUCCACGUCAGCCCCCCAGGAAAAGCAAACAUUACACGUCAGACACCCAGGAAAAGCAAACGUUCCACGUCAGCCCCCCAGGAAAAGAGAACAUUCCACGUCAGACACCCAGGAAAAGAGAACGUUCCACGUCAGCCCCCCAGGAAAAGAGAACGUUCCACGUCAGGCCCCCAGGAAAAGAGAACGUUCCACAUCAGCCCCCCAGGAAAAGCGAACGUUCCACAUCAGCCCCUCAGGAAAAGCAAACGUUCCACGUCAGCCCACCAGGAAAAGCAAACGUUCCACGUCAGCCCCCCAGGAAAAGAGAACGUUCCACGUCAGCCCCCCAGGAAAGGAGAACGCUCCACGUCAGCCCCGCAGGAAAAGAGAACGUUCCACGUCAGCCCCCCAGGAAAAGCAAACAUUACACGUCAGACACCCAGGAAAAGCAAACGUUCCACGUCAGCCCCCCAGGAAAAGAGAACAUUCCACGUCAGACACCCAGGAAAAGAGAACGUUCCACGUCAGCCCCCCAGGAAAAGAGAACGUUCCACGUCAGGCCCCCAGGAAAAGAGAACGUUCCACAUCAGCCCCUCAGGAAAAGCAAACGUUCCACGUCAGCCCACCAGGAAAAGCAAACGUUCCACGUCAGCCCCCCAGGAAAAGAGAACGUUCCACGUCAGCCCCCCAGGAAAGGAGAACGCUCCACGUCAGCCCCGCAGGAAAAGAGAACGUUCCACGUCAGCCCCCCAGGAAAAGCAAACAUUACACGUCAGACACCCAGGAAAAGCAAACGUUCCACGUCAGCCCCCCAGGAAAAGAGAACAUUCCACGUCAGACACCCAGGAAAAGAGAACGUUCCACGUCAGCCCCCCAGGAAAAGAGAACGUUCCACGUCAGGCCCCCAGGAAAAGAGAACGUUCCACAUCAGCCCCCCAGGAAAAGCGAACGUUCCACAUCAGCCCCUCAGGAAAAGCAAACGUUCCACGUCAGCCCACCAGGAAAAGCAAACGUUCCACGUCAACCCCCCAGGAAAAGCAAACGUUCCACGUCAGCUCCCCAGGAAAAGCAAACGUUCCACGUCAGCACCCAAGGAAAAGAGAAUGUUCCACGUCAGCCCCCCAGGAAUAGAGAACGUUCCACGUCAGCCCCCCAGGAAAAGAAAACGUUCCAAGUCAGCCGCUCAGGAAAAGCAAACGUUCCACGUCAGCCCACCAGGAAAAGCAAACGUUCCACGUCAACAACCCAGGAAAAGCAAACGUUCCACGUCAGCCCACCAGGAAAAGCAAACGUUCCAUGUCAGCCCCCCAGGAAAAGCAAACGUUCCACGUCAACAACCCAGGAAAAGCAAACGUUCCACGUCAGCCCACCAGGAAAAGCAAACGUUCCAUGUCAGCCCCCCAGGAAAAGCGAACUUUCCACGUCAGCUCCCCAGGAAAAGCAAACGUUCCACGUCAGCCCCCAAGGAAAAGAGAACGUUCCACGUCAGCCCCCCAGGAAAAGAGAACGUUCCACAUCAGCCCCCCAGGAAAAGAUAGCGUUCCACGUCAGCACCCCAGGAAAAGAGAACGUUCCACGUCAGCCCCCCAGGAAAAGCGAACGUUCCACGUCAGCCCCUCAGGAUAAGCAAACGUUCCACGUCAGCCCACCAGGAAAAGCAAACGUUCCACGUCAACCCCCCAGGAAAAGCAAACGUUCCACGUCAGCCCACCAGGAAAAGAGAACGUUCCACGUCAGCCCACCAGGAAAAGAGAACGUUCCACGUCAACAACCCAGGAAAAGCAAACGUUCCACGUCAGCCCACCAGGAAAAGCAAACGUUCCAUGUCAGCCCCGCAGGAAAAGAGAACGUUCCACAUCAGCCCCCCAGGAAAAGAGAACGUUCCACAUCACCCCACCAGGAAAAUAGAACGUUCCACGUCAGCCCCCCAGGAAAAGAGAACGUUCCACGUCAGCCUCGCAGGAAAAGAGAACGUUCCACAUCAGCCCCCCAGGUAAAGAGAACGUUCCACGUCAGCCCCCCAGGAAAGGAGAACGUUGCACGUCAGCCCACCAGGAAAAGAGAACGUUCCACGUCAGCCCCCCAGGAAAAGAGAACGUUCCACGUCAGCCCCCCAGGAAAACAGAACGUUCCACGUCAGCCCCACAGGAAAAGCAAACGUUCCACGUCAGCCCCCCAGGAAAAGCAAACGUUCCACUUCAGCCCCCCAGGAAAAGCAAACUUCCACGUCAGCCCCCCAGGAAAAGCAAACGUUCCACGUCAGCUCCCCAGGAAAAGCAAACGUUCCACUUCAGCCCCCAAGGAAAAGCAAACGUUCCACGUCAGCCCCCCAGGAAAAGAGAACGUUCCACGUUUGCCCCCCAGGAAAAGAGAACGUUCCACGUUUGCCCCCCAGGAAAAGAGAACGUUCCACGUCAGCCCCCCAGGAAAAGCAAACUUCCACGUCAGCCCCCCAGGAAAAGCAAACGUUCCACGUCAGCUCCCCAGGAAAAGCAAACGUUCCACUUCAGCCCCCAAGGAAAAGCAAACGUUCCACGUCAGCCCCCCAGGAAAAGAGAACGUUCCACGUUUGCCCCCCAGGAAAAGAGAACGUUCCACGUUUGCCCCCCAGGAAAAGAGAACGUUCCACGUCAGCCCCCCAGGAAAAGCAAACGUUCCACGUCAGCCCCCCAGGAAAAGCAAACGUUCCACGUCAGCCCACCAGGAAAAGCAAACGUUCCACGUCAGCCCCUCAGGAAAAGCAAGCGUUCCACGUCAGCCCCCCAUGAAAAGCAAACGUUCCACGUCAGCCCCCCAGGAAAAGCAAACGUUCCACGUCAGCCCCCCAGGAAAAGCCUGCUCGCUGCACUCAAAGUGA